AUGCCAUUCAUAAACGACUUCAACACUUCCGACUUUGAGCUCCUCUACGAAACUGAACAGGGUAUCUGGUUUGCCACCAAGAGGAACGAAUAUGGCUUCCCGAAAUACAUUGCCCAGCCUCUUAGAAUUCUCGAUGGAUCUGGUCAAGAGGACGCGGAAGAUGCCGCAUUUCACAAACUAAUGUACAACUCGAACCUUGGCGAUGCCAUUGCUCAAAUCUUCAAUCACGAAAACAUCAUCUCCAUCGCCGGCCACAUAAAGACCCAUCCCUUUAUCGGUACCGCUCCAGUAGCUGGCGAACUUCAGCUUAGCCGUCCAAGGAAUUACAUCGUGUGGGACUAUUGCGAUGCAGGAAACCUCAGUGGUAUCUUCCUGUGUAUGGGACGCAGCAGGUCUCCUCCUGAUUUCUAUCUCCCCGAGUCACUCUGCUGGCAUGUCCUGACAUCGCUUCUCAACUCCAUUACAUAUCUCCACGAUGGGAAGCGCCUCUUUCUAGAUACAAAGGCACCGGCUGGAGGAGAACGGCAAUGGCUGCCGGUGGAUCAAGAUUGGAAUCCGAUUUUACACCGUGCGAUUGAACCGAUGAACAUUUUCUUUCAGCAUCCACGGGGUAGUGAAACGUAUGGACUGUGUAAACUGGGCAACUUUGAACAUGCAGCCGUCACGAAUCAUGUCAUUUCUCCCGAUGAUGAAGCAGAUGUUGUGGAUGAAGAUGUAGAGGUCAGCAUAGCAAUGGCUGCGCGGCGAGGGUUUGAGUCGUUGGAUACGUUGCGCCACAAGCUGCGCACAAGUGUUACAGCAGAUACAGCGGACAACUACCCAUACACAAUCGCCGAUGAACUCUUUUCUGUCGGCAAAGUCUUGUUUACGAUGAUGACAGGUGAAAAUUCUCCCUCCUCCGAUAAAUUGUCCAUGACGCGAUACUCGGCGGGAUUACAGCGAGUGGUGAUGGAUCUGUUGAAACCAGACAGCAGGAGAAAAAUCACAAAGGUUCUGCCUCGAACCAAGAUGGUGAUGGAUUACUAUCGAGAGUGGAAGAAUGGCACUGAAGAGGGGAAGAAUUAUAAGGAUAUUGAGGACGGCAUGCUUCCGAGAUAUGAGGCGGAGAUGGAGAUGAAGAUAUGAUGGAGAAAAGAGAAAACGAAUGGGGAUUAAACUGGGCCGCGGAGCUGAGCUAAUGAAACGGGGAUUUUAGCUUCCAGCGCAUGCGGCUAAAGCAGUGGGAGCUGGUGGAAUAUCGCGCAUCCUCACAGGGGGAUCUGCAGAGAGGAUCUUGUUGUUAUAAUGUACGCCGAACAGGUGGAGGAGAGCCUGAUGUUGGUUUUGGA